AAACAAAGUCCUCAACGAUUUGACGAAAUGACCACUUCGCUCAUCCAUAUGGCAAAUCAUUUGGAUGCUUCAACCGAGGAGAUUUCGCUUAACUACGUUCUUCUGGGUCAUCCACAUCAUGAACGAGCUCAACAUCAUCCCAGCUACAUGGAUAUGAUCAAGGGAGCAAUUCAAGCAAUCGACAAUGGAACCGGAAGCAGCAAGGCGGCAAUUCUCAAGUAUAUUGCUCAAAACUAUCAUGUUGGAGAGAAUCUUCCAAAGGUGAACAAUCAUCUCCGCAGUGUCCUCAAAAAGGCCGUCGACUCUGGUGACAUUGAACAGACUCGCGGACAUGGUGCCACCGGAAGUUUCCGCAUGGGAAAAGAAUGCGAGAAGAACUUGCAAGUUGGAAUUCCGGUUCAGACCAAACCAAUGCUAAUGCUCAAAGAAGUUCGUCAGAAGCUGGAGAAUAUCUCGAAGGCUGAAAAAACCAAACCAUCUACCAGCUCCAUGUCCACCAAUAAGAAGGGAAAACCAAUUUCAACAAUGAAAAAGCGUGGAGUUAUGAGCAAGAAACGUUCCUCAAAGAACAAAAUGGCUCCAAAGGCCAAAAGCCACGGGCUCAAAAAGAAGGGACCAGCCACGAAGAGCUCUGGAUUGGUGCACAAGGCUGCUGGAGCAAAGAACGAAGCAGCUCCAACAACCAAGAUGGAACUUCGUACCGGAACCAGAAAGAGCUAUUGUUAAAUUGACAUUUUAUUUCAUUUUCUCGCUCUCUAUCUCUCGUUUUAAGUUAUUUUCGCUCUUUUCUGUUUUUUGAAUCUCAACAUGUUUUUUUGCUGUUUUUUUUGUUUUUGACACCUGUAGUUUAGAUUUCCCACCCAAUUGAUUGUCGAUUACACUUGUACAUAAUAAAUUGUAGAUACUGAAA